GGAUCCGCAUCGGCGAGCGGCGCCUCCCCGGUGUCGGCCGCGGCGCCUCCGGACUGUGCCGGGCUGGGGCGAGACUGCUCUGGCCGAGCCUGCGGCGGCUGCCACCCCUCCAGACGCUCCGAAGUCCGCCGCGCGGUUCGCGUUCCGGCUGCCCCUAUGGACGCGGCGCUGAAGCGGAGCCGCUCGGAGGAGCCCUCAGAGCUCCCGCCGUCGGCCCGGGACUUGGAGGAGGAGGAAGAAGAGGGGAUGGAACAGGGGCUAGAGGAGGAAGAAGAGGUGGACCCCCGGAUCCAGGGAGAACUGGAGAAGUUAAAUCAAUCCACGGAUGACAUCAACAGACGGGAGACUGAACUUGAGGAUGCUCGUCAGAAGUUCCGCUCUGUUCUGGUGGAAGCAACGGUGAGACUGGACGAACUGGUGAAGAAAAUUGGCAAAGCCGUGGAGGACUCGAAGCCCUAUUGGGAGGCGCGCAGGGUGGCGAGGCAGGCUCAGCUGGAAGCUCAGAAAGCCACGCAGGACUUCCAGAGGGCCACGGAGGUGCUCCGUGCAGCCAAGGAAACCAUCUCCCUGGCUGAGCAGCGGCUGCUGGAGGAUGACAAACGGCAGUUCGACUCAGCCUGGCAGGAGAUGCUGAAUCACGCCACCCAGAGGGUCAUGGAGGCGGAGCAGACCAAGACGAGGAGCGAGCUGGUGCACAAGGAGACAGCGGCCGGGUACACCGCGGCCAUGGGCCGCAUGCGACAGCUGGAGAAGAAACUCAAGAGAGCCAUCAGCAAGUCCAAGCCUUAUUUUGAACUCAAGGCCAAGUACUACGUGCAGCUUGAGCAACUGAAGAAGACCGUGGAUGACCUGCAGGCCAAACUGGCCCUGGCGAAAGGCGAGUACAAGACGGCCCUGAAGAACCUGGAGAUGAUCUCGGACGAGAUCCACGAGCGGCGACGCUCCAGUGCCAUGGGGCCUCGGGGCUGCGGUGUGGGGGCUGAGGGCAGUGGCACGUCUGUGGAGGACCUGUCAGGGAGCAAGCCUGAGCCAGAUGCCGUUUCUGUGGCCUCCGAGGCCUUUGAAGACGACAACUGCAGCAACUUCGUGUCUGAGGACGACUCGGAAACCCAGUCGGUGUCCAGCUUUAGUUCGGGGCCAACGAGCCCGUCCGAGAUGCCUGACCAGUUCCCCGCAGCUGUGAGGCCUGGCAGCCUGGACCUGCCCAGCCCCGUGUCUCUGUCGGAGUUUGGGCUGAUGUUCCCGGUACUGGGCCCUCGCAGUGAAUGCAGUGGAGCCUCCUCCCCCGAAUGUGAGGUAGAACGAGGAGACAGGGCAGAAGGGGCAGAGAAUAAAACGAGUGACAAAGCCAACAACAACCGAGGCCUCGGCAGCGGCGGCAGCAAGAGCCAGAGUAGCACCGCCCGCGAGGGCCAGGCCCUGGAGAACAGGAUGAAGCAGCUCUCCCUGCAGUGCUCAAAGGGAAGAGACGGGGUUAUUGCUGACAUACAGAUGGUGCAGAUUGGCUGAUCCCUGCAAAGCCCUGGCCCAAGUGCAGAGCAGUAUUUAUACACGAAGCUGUAUGGAGAACAUUGUGCCAAUAAUCAUUUACUGUAUGCCAAA